AUUUUGCGGUCAGCUAUCACAGCCCAUCAUAGCGAUGUCUUUACAGAAUACGUUCAACGUUCUGCUUAUCGGUGCAGGGGAGAUCAACUUCGGUUCCGUCGAAGGCCCUUGGAAUCACACCAAACGGCUGGAACAGAAGCUUGGAAGCCGUCUACGGGUUGUUGGCCUAGUCGAUCUUGACCAGACAAAGGCCCGCGCUGUGAUCGACGAAAAGAAAGCCCUGAUCAAAGACAGCUACGACUCUACCGAGGUGUUUGAGUCCAUCGCGUCGGCAGCGGAAGGGCUGAAAGGUGCCCGCUUACCGCAACUGGCCAUACUCGGUAUCCCUCCCCAAUUUCGCGGCCAGAGCUCGUCAGGCCGCGAUGCAGAGCUGGCGUUGAUCAAAGCGUUCCCGUCCAUCUCCUUGUUCUGCGAGAAGCCCGUCACGACCGGGCCGAUUGAGCGGAUAGCAGAGGCUCAGUCGGUCAGGGACAGUCUAGGAAAGCACGCAGGGAAGGGCGUCGUGGGUGUGGGCUACAUGUUGCGAUACUUGAAGGCGUGUGCGGAUAUCAAGGAUAUCUUGCGGGAGAACAACUUGACGGUGAUGGCAACCAACGCAAGGUAUACCAUGGCAUACGAAUACGCAGUCAAACUCGGCUGGUGGGACAAGAGCCAAUCGCAGGGCCCGAUCAUCGAGCAAGCGACACAUUUCGCCGAUCUUUCGCGCUUCUUCGGAGGCGAGGUAGAUUUGAAGUCUGUUUCGGCUCGCACGGUGGAACACGAUACCUCGGCAGGCAGUCUAGGCAAGAAGGGAUUCGACGAGGAGAAGAUCGACGCCGCGAACAGGAUUCCCAGGAUCACCGCUGCGGUCUGGCAGUACGAGAGCGGUGCUGUGGGGACAUUGAUGCAUAGCGUCGCCUUGCACGACGCCACAUACGACACCGAGAUUGAGAUCAUCGCGGAUGGCUACAGACUCAAGCUGGUGGACCCGUAUAAUGCUCCAGUGCUCUAUAUCCGCCGCCCGGGACUGGCUGGCGAAGAGGUUCGACGGUACGACCAGGAUGAUCCCUUCUAUAGCGAAAUAAGCGCAAUGAUUGAUGCGGUGGAGAGUGGAUCCAGUGAUGGACUACUGAGCACCUUUGAUGAUGCUCUACGGACGUAUGAGUUCACUUGGGCGAUUCGCAAAGCUGGUGAAGCCGUGAAGCCAUGAUCGGGCUUAGAUGCCCCCCCCCCCGAUCACCUUAAAAAUGUACGAUAGUGCGUGACCGAGAUGGGAUUGCCAUGCAUCCGAUCACCGUUGCAACCCAACAGCAAGUCCCGAUAUCCUCUGUUCCAGGCCUUCCAUGCUCCAAUCGCCGCCAAUGUCCGGAACUUGAGGGUUUGCAAAGAUCUCGGCGCUGUUUCAAACAGAGAUGAGCCCUCGACACUCGGAUGCCGUAUCGCUAAGCGACUCACCAAUACCUAUCUACAUCGAGUAU